AUGGAUGCAGCAGAGGACCGUGAUGUCAAACUCCAGCGGGCAUCUAGUGACCUAGUUUCGGAGUUCUCGGCCAAGCUGCCAUCGUUGUUGUGGAAAUCCCAAAAUGGUGCCCCUCACCGUACCCCACGCAAAUGGACGCAAGAGUCGAAGGCAGAGAAGCUUGUCAGCCUCCUCGAGCCCUUUCAAGAAUGGCCACAGCUUCUAGACCCGCAUCUCCAAAAGCUGCUGCCUCCUUUAGUGGAUGCAUUCCUGGCCUAUUUGAUCAAGCAUCGAGGCCAAUACAGCAUGCAAGCCACGAGUAAUGCACAGGGUAUUGCGUUAUAUCCACUUCCGCGGGCCAUAUGCAGAUUGCUUUACACCUUCUGCAAGGUACGUGGAGUCAAGGUAAUCAGCCGGUUCCUGAACAAUGAGCCGAAAUACCUCGAAUCCAUGCUACGAGCUUUCAUUCAGUGGGAUGAAGCUCAGGCCUCAGCCCCGAUGGAUGAUUUUCCCGGGGCCGAGUCACUGAGCAUGAAAUGGGAAGAACGUUAUGUGAUGCUUGUCUGGAUUUCACAUUUGCUUCUCGCGCCGUUUGAUCUUUCCUCACUAUCAUCUGACGAUAUCCCGAUCCCCUAUGACAAUUUGCAACAGCUGGGCAAUCUCUCAUCUCAUACCCCAGUGGCUGCGAAAUCUCUUUUAUCGGUGGCGUUACAGUAUAUCAACGCUCCGGGCAAAGAACGCGAGGCUGCGACCGCCCUCCUUGCCCGACUUGUCUUGCGUGGAGAUAUGCAGGCACUAGGACUUCUGAAAAGCCUCAAAGAAUGGGCAUUUGCUACUAUUCUGCCGGUUGGAGGCGCGGAACCACCUUCUGUAUACUCCUGCAUCGGGGUGCUCUCUUUCAUUGCUCGGUUGGGUGGUUCGGGCCAAGUGGAAGAUCUUGCUCCUCUGCUACAGAGCAUGUUUGAUCAAAUACUCCGAGUGGCGCAGGAAAAGUCGGAUAUAUCUUCAACGAUACAGUCCUCUGCGCUGGCUAAGAAGACCGUUGUCAAGAUCCUUUGCAACGUAACCGUCAUGGCUUUGUCUCUAAGUGAGAGAGGAGACAGUCGGAUCACAGAUGACCAGCUGUCAAACAUCCUGGAAGAGUCUAUCGAUCACUUCCUCAUCGCCUUGGCAGACAAAGACACCCCCGUUCGUUUUGCUGCAAGCAAAGCUCUUAGUGUGAUUACCUUGAAGUUGGACCCGGAGAUGGGUGCCGAGGUCAUAGAGGCCGUGAUUGGUUCGCUAGGGGAAAAUAUCCUGUACGAGAAAGACGACGGCACUUUGGUGACACCAUUUGAAGCGAGAAAGAUCGGGACCCAUAGGCUGAGGCAAAAUCUGAGCGGCGUGGACGCCCAGCGGUGGCAGGGCUUGAUGCUCACAUUAUCCCACUUGCUUUUUCGACGUGCACCUCCCAUCACGCAACUUCCCGAAAUUCUCCAAUCUCUUGUGUCUGGCCUUGACUUUGAACAGAGGUCUUCUACCGGAAGCUCAAUGGGAACGGGUGUUCGAGAUGCCGCAUGUUUUGGUAUCUGGGCGUUGUCACGGAAAUACGCAACGUCGGAGUUGCAAGCGUUGCAACAGCAAGUUAUCCCUUCACUGUCCGGAACAGACGAAGUGGAUGUCUUGCAAAAGCUUGCUGUUGAGCUUGUUUGCUCGGCCUGUGUAGACCCUUCGGGAAAUAUUCGACGGGGUGCCUCCGCUGCUUUACAAGAGUUGAUUGGUCGUCACCCCAACACUAUCACCGAAGGAAUCCCCCUCGUGCAGGUUGUUGAUUACCAUUCUGUUGCACGGCGGUCUCGUGCCAUGAUCGACGUUGCUAAAGCCACCGCUUCAUUAGAUCCGAUGUACUGGAGCCCUUUGCUCGAGGCAUUGAUACAAUGGAGAGGAAUUGGAUCACCGGAUGCUGAGUCUAGAAGACAAGCAGCGAAGUCUAUUGGAAUUUUGAGUACCCAGCAAAAAUUCAAAACCAUGACUACGGUGUUUGAACGCCUGCUGCGGAAACUCCCACGCAUUCCUCGAAGUGAUGUGGAGGCGCGCCACGGAUGUUUUUUGUCGAUUGCCUCUACGGUAGAUGCCUAUAUCGGUGAAUGGGAAGCUGCUCCAGAGAUGAGGAACACACCUGAAGAAAAGGACGUCGCCUCUCAGGUGAACGGGCUCUGGGAGAUUCUGGCGUCCUCACUGGGCCCUGCUGAUAAGGACUUGACUCAACAAAAUUCCCGACCUGAGCUGACCGCAGAAGCAUCUGCUUGCUUGAUCACCUCACUUUCGCGGUCUAUCGUGUCUGCUGGAAUUUCAGCGCCACCUGAUGCUUUGCUCGAACGGUCACUCCAGAUUCUUUCGCUCUGCGUUUCCCGAAGCGAUGAUAUUUCCAUUGAAACUUCAUCAAAUGCACUGGCCGCGUUGUUUCCGUUGUUGCCAUCAGGCAAACAAGAGGAAACGAUUCAAGCAUGGUUCUCCCACCUACGCGCUACAGCAAGCUUGCCGAGUGGACGCGGUCAGAUUUUAGCGCUAGGUGCUGUUUUCAAGAAACUUGAAGGACAUGAGAAUCUACGCCAGAGCAUUAUCACAGAAUUGCUUCGCUAUGCAGGAAGAGCAGAACCUAUUCAAAAGCGAGUGGCUUCCGUGAGAUGUCUAGCCACCAAAGUCCUGCCAAACACAGCGGCGUCUACGGAGAUUGCAAGCAAUGUCCUAGACUUCCUGGAUGAUUAUACUACUGACAGAAGAGGCGAUAUCGGGUCACUUAUCCGAGUAGAAGCAAUUCAAGCAGCAGAAGUUCUUUUGAAGGAAAGUGCUGGGGUGUCACCACGCUCGCAAAUUACCCAACACUUGAUCGGAUGUCUCUGUCGACUUGCAUCUGAAAAGCUUGACAAGGUUCGAUUACAGGCUUGGCUUUGCCUACAAGGUUAUUGGGAAUCAUCCGAUUUUCCCAAGUUGCAAAGUAAAUAUGAGCACUUCAGCCAAGUAUCCUCUCAGAGAUACUUUGAUCAGCUAUUCACUUUAUUUCACAUUGAUUGGGUACGCCUGCCUUUCUUGAAGGGGUUGGCUACAUCAGCAGUGGCAGGCUCUGACGGACUUGUGCGAGCAACCAGAUCAGCUCUGAUUCAGUUUGUCAAUUCCCACGGACCUACCGAACGUCAAAAUGUUUUGAUCACCAUACUCCAAGAUUUGGCGUCUGUUUUAACAGAGACUCUUCACGACGACCGCUAUGCAAUUCCAACUGUGGAUUUCAUCUCAUUUCUCAUAGACAACUAUGCAAUUUCCAGCUCAGAGCAACAAGACCCUAUCUUUAGACAGGUCUUUAUUCUCGUUCAGAAAUCACACUUCCGCUCCUCCAAUAUUGCCCGCAUCGAAGCCGCUGUUAAAGUAUACGCUGCUUUGUCCAGACUGGGCUCAUUACAAGCAGAUACUUUGAAAAAGUUGACCGGGCUGCUCCUUCAUCCUUUCCCAAGGGUUCGAUCGACUGCAGCGGAAUAUCUCUUCCUUCUGACCGAUUCCGAGAAAGUCAGAUAUGUGAAUUGGUCGGAGCAACCGAAGCACUUAAAAGAGAAAGUAGAAGGCGUGAGGGCCGAACUACUUCCUCUUCCAGAGCUCAUCUUUGUCGCAACCAUGGCGGCUGAGGGUAUAUCUACAAGUGGCAUUCCGCCUAAUUCUACUGUCUACAUCCGGAAUUUGGAGGAGUCAAUCAAGGUCGAUCAGCUGAAAGAGGCUCUUGAAGAGAUCUUUUCAGAGUUUGGCAAUGUGCUCGAGAUCGUCGCGAAGGCCAACCUAAAGGCCAAGGGCCAGGCCUUCAUCGUUUAUGACAGCAUCGAAGCGGCAACCCGCGCCAUCGAUGAAGCCAAUGGGUUCGAUCUAUUUGAAAAGCCUAUGGUUCUGGAUUACGCGAAGACCCGAAGCGAUGCUACUGUAAUGCGCGAGGGUGGCUCGGACGAGCUGGAGGCUCACAAGCGGAAACGUCUCGCCGAGAAAGAGCGCCGACAAGCCCAUGAUGCGCUCGAAGCACAGAAGAAGCACAAGCGCCCCGCCGCUGCGGUCCCCGACAACGUACGCCCGGCCAAAACCGUAAAGGGCGCUGGUCUCAAGCCUACAUCUGGCGCCACCGCUGCUGUUGUGCCAGACGAAUAUCUUCCUCCCAACAAGAUUCUGUUCUUACGGGACCUGCCAGAUGACGCUAGCCAAGAGGGUCUCUCGGCUGUGUUCGGUCGUUUCGAGGGAUUCCAGGAAGUCAGAUUGGUGCCAGGUCGCACGGGUAUUGCAUUCGUCGAGUACGAUGCCGAAGCUGGUGCUAUCAGUGCAAAGGAGGCUACCACAAACAUGCCUAUGGGAGAACAGGGCAAGCCAAUCCGCGUUACCUACCAACGACAGUGA